AUGGAAUUCAUUGAAGAUUCCUUGAAAAUCAUAUUUUGGAAAUUCAUGCUCAUGUCCCCUCGCUUACUCCAGGUGACGACUUCUGGUGAGAAAUUCUUGCAUCAUGACUCUGGUCUCGGGGAUCCAAAGAGACUGAUCGUAUUCGCCACGCACAGGAACAUUGAGCUUCUGAAGCAUUGUAACGAGUGGUUUAUGGAUGGUACAUUCAAGAGUUGUCCAUCGAUUUUCUAUCAAAUGUUUACGAUCCAUGUCAAACUGAUGUCUGGGAAAACUGUUCCGGUGAUAUAUUCGUUUUUGUCUUCGAAAGAUGCGGCAACGUAUGCGAGUCUUUUCAGCGUCCUCAAGGAGGCGCUUGACGGCUUUCUGCCACGAUUAAUUCAUCUUGAUUUCGAACGGGCGGUCAUUGCUGAAGUCUCAGCUAGCUUCCCGGGUGCAGACAUUGUAGGUUGCAAUUUUCAUUUUAAUCAAUGUCUUUGGCGACAUAUCCAGCAUGAGCCCACCCUUCGCGAGCAAUACUUGAGCAAUCUCGAUUGUAAUCUGAAUCUGCGGAUGUUGGCAGCGUUGGCUUUUGUGCCAUGCAAAGAUGUGAGACAAGCUUUCGGGACAUUGCUUGAGACAGAAUUCUUUCGAACGAACAUGAUUUCACUGUCUAGUUUUGUCAAUUAUUUCGAAAAGACAUGGAUCGGUCGGGAAUUUGGCGCUGCCGUGUUUCCAUUAGAAUGGUGGAAUUCAUACGAAGCUACCCGUCAAGGAAUCGCGCGAACGAAUAAUGCAGUGGAGGGUUGGCACUCCGCCUUCCAGCGGAGGCUGGGUUCGAGCAACCCGACUUUUUAUAAAUUGAUCGAGCAACUUAAGCUUGAACAAGGAAUGAUGGAAUUCGGCGUCGACAAUACAGCAGCUCGAGGGAAUGACACGCCUCCCAAACGCGUUUACAGAGAUAGACAGCGACGUCUGAACGAGUUGGUGGAAUCCUACGAAAAUUAUGACAGAAUCGAAUAUCUAACGGCGGUUGCACAGAACAUCAAAUUCUAA